AUGUUUCAAUAUAAUCCACAAGAUGAUGAUGAUGAUGAUGAUGAUGAUGAUGAUGAUGAUGAUGAUGAUGAUGAUGAUGAUGAUGAUGAUGAUGAUGAUGAUGAUGAUGAUGAUGAUGAUGAUGAUGAUGAUGAUGAUGAUGAUGAUGAUGAUGAUGAUGAUGAUGAUGAUGAUGAUGAUGAUGAUGAUGAUGAUGAUGAUGAUGAUGAUGAUGAUGAUGAUGAUGAUGAUGAUGAUGAUGAUGAUGAUGAUGAUGAUGAUGAUGAUGAUGAUGAUGAUGAUGAUGAUGAUGAUGAUGAUGAUGAUGAUGAUGAUGAUGAUGAUGAUGAUGAUGAUGAUGAUGAUGAUGAUGAUGAUGAUGAUGAUGAUGAUGAUGAUGAUGAUGAUGAUGUUGAGAAGGAGAAGGAGGAGGACGAGGAAAAGAAGUAG